CUCACAACUGGUGGGCACAUGAAGACACGAUCCUUGUUGCGGACAAGUUGCGUGCAAAUUCACGCUUUCGUACGCACAACUUUGGCGGGCAAAAGCCGGUUACAGCGGGGCCAACCGUUUGCUGAGACCGGGUCAAGAUCGUGCAUGGAACCUGGCAUAAAUGCAACAAACUCCAACGCUUAAAGCGAAGCUUUUGCGCGCCACCUGGCGCCACCCGGGCAGGUAGGAACUUUCGUUCGAGUCUAACGUCGCAGCGCAGGUUGCAGCGGCAAUUACGAGCUGGCGAUCAUAUCUUUGCUCAACUGCUCCGAGGGACACGGCUUCUGCGCAGCUGUUCGAGCGCUGGUGUCGCGGGCGAACCAGUCCAGCCGCGACAAGCCGCUCGUUAGCACGCCCUGUUUUCAAUAUCUUUUUGGUGUGCUCUCAGACUGCGUUAGUGUCCAACUUUAUCAAGCGAAUUGUUGAUUCCGGGCUGUACUGCCAUUCGGGCCCUCGGCAUGGGCUCGCAGCUCACAAACCCGGGCCAAACUUCCCAACUGGGAUUUGGUAAAGUUGGAUAAAUUAAUUGUCUUACUUACACACAUACUGUUACAGCUCUAAAUCACUCGAAGGCGACUACUGUCGACAGAGAACGCUCAGUUCCCAGCCGAAGUUUCUGAAACGCCGUCAUAUGCGGCCUAAACCAUUGCAUACCGUACUUUUGAACUUAUUCCAGUCAACGUAGCUCAAGCACUGGGUCCUGGGGGACCAGUCGCAACAAAUGGUGAGCCCUCGACCCGGGCCAGCAACUCAAAAGGCUAGCACCAGCUGCACUUUAUUUCUGGCUCUUCUGAUAACGUCCGCUGUGGUACCAACGUUUGCGUCGGCAGCAGCCGGGCGACAUGCCCGGCGAGCCCGCGUACUCCUGGCCGACGGCAGCACCGCAGCGGCUGCUCGCAAGCUCGCCGUGCAACACGAUUGCACCGCUUGCCCUCUGACGCGGCAGCCAGUGUGUAGCGAGAGCGGACUGGAGCUGCAGAAUGCCUGUCUGGCCCGCUGCCAGGGCAUCAUCGCUACCGAGGAACGGUGCCACGGGCGCUCUUCCAUAAACGCUCGCGUGUCAGGCACGGCGGCGCAGCGCCGGCGUCAGCAGGGCAGCGCGGCGAUUGUGGACGAUGCGGCGACGCGCUUGACGGAGUCAGAAUUCAGCGUUGGCAAGUCGUCCAUGCAACGGUUCCGGGGCGAGGGGUUUGUGAUGAUCGCUGUGCGCCCGCCCUCCGACUUCGGCUCGGGCGCCAAGCCCGCCGUCAGCGACCGGCGGUUCAUGCAGGAGGGCAGCGCAUUCAACCCACUACCAACGCCGCUGCUGACGGUCUCACCACCCGGGCUGGCUAACCGCGGCGUUCCGGACAACGCCGCUGAUCCUAGUGAGGUCACGGAGUACCGCAUCACGUCUGACGGCCAGGCAUUUGCGAAGAAGCUCACGGGUGCGGAGAUGGCGGCCUACCGCUCGCAGCGUGGCCGCACCAGCGCCGGCAGCGACGCCAGCCGUGGCGCCGCCUCGGAGGGCAGCACGCCGGCGGCGGCGCCCGCCGCAGCGCCCGCCAAGCGGCGAGAGCUGGAGGCUGUGGCCACAGUCGCAACACAGCAUGCAGCGUCGCACCAGGAGGAUCGGGAGGUGGACCACCAGCAGGUGCAAGAGGAGGAGUCCGAGUAUGCUGCGGGCAUCAACGAUGUGUACGUGGAGGAAGAGGUCUACGACGAUGGUGCGGAGGGCGAGGGCGAGAACGAUGCCCAGGAAGCGCGUGCCGCGGGGCUGCAGGAGCGCCGGCGGCAGCUGUCUUGGGUAAUCCCGAGCCGCGACGACCGCAUCGAGGAGACCACGGACGUGUACCCGGGCCGCGCGUCUGGUCGCUUCACCUACCGCAACCCACUCGACGGGCUGUUCUAUUGGUGCAGCGGCACGCUCAUCUCCAACAACGCUGUCCUGCUGGCGGCGCACUGCGUCGUCAACGUGGUGCGCUCGCCAGUGCUUUGGAUGGAUACAUUCAGCUUCGCGCCCGGCGCGCGCAGCGGCAUCAACCCCUACGGCACCGCGACCGUCAAGUUCGUGCAAUACACGAGUUUGUACACCAACAGCACCCCCGGCAACGACCUGGCGGUUGCGAUUCUCAACACGCAGCCCGGCGACCUGACCGGCUGGUUGGGCUACGGCUACGACUGCCUCGCGCAGGUCCUGCAAGUCAACACCUCGGGCUUCCCUAGUGACAAGAUCACCGGCACGCGCUGGCGCACUAACUGCACCACCGACAACGUUAACCCCUGCAAUCUGAACGCCACCACCGGACUGAUCAACCGCUGCGACAUAAUGGGCGGCCAGUCGGGCGCGGCAAUCUUCAGUAGCUCCAGCACCGGGCCCCGCGCGCGCUUCGUCGUUGCUUACGAGGCCAAGAACAUUACAACGCAAUGGAACGGCGCUGCAGUUAUCAACCAGAACACCUUCAGCUUCAUCGACAACCUGGUGAAAUUGUACAAAGUGAACUCGCCGCCACCGCCGCCGCCUCGGCCUCCGCCCCCGCCAGCAGUGAAGAAGGGGCGACGGUCACUGCGGCAGUCUUUGCGGGCGCUCCUCCGGCGGUGAGGGCGCCUGCAGGGUGAUAACCAUGAAGAUCAGCAGGAGGAGGAGCGGAAGCUGGCGUAACACACCCGAUGGUGAUUCCUAUCAUGAAAACUGAUUGCCACACAGGUUGAAGGGCGGUCAGCUUUACACGCCUGUGUUGCAUCGCGGGGUGGGGAUGGCUUAUGCUAGCUCAGUGCCCGCAUCACCAGGCAAUAAAUAAAAGGCGUCGUGGUUGAGCACACGACUGUCGUAAUGCGUGCUGCUGAGACAGCGCGCAGCCAUUCAUUCAAGCAGGGUAUGGUAAGGGGAUGGGGGUGGCGGUAUUGAUACGAAGCGUCUUGGGCAGAGGGAGAGACGCACUUGCGGCAGGGCCACAUGAGGCAGCGGCAUCCAUCGGGUGCGCACGGCGGCCCUGAUUGUGCACAUGCAUGCCAUACAUGGCAAACACGCACACAGGCGCAUGCAUGCGCCUCGAGGCUUCGCUGUGAUGGCCUUAGCGUAAAGCUUCCGCUCGUGCGAGGAGCUGCUAGCACGCCGAGGGCAAUAACGCGAGAUGAGAAUGAGGGGCAAACACGGACUAUAGAGGACAAGCGAGCUGCGUGCUUGCGUGCGUAAACACUCACUCUGACCAAACGGCAAGCUUGCAGCAUGCAUAUUUGGAAGUGCGUCGAGGUGCGUUGCCGGUUCUUUGGAUAUGUGAACGUGGCGGGGCUUCCGUGAUGCAUGAUUUUACUGCUUCAAUGAGUGGGGGGGCGCUUGUGCGCCAGCCGCAAGAUUGUCCACGCCAUGGAAUGGAGGCGAGCCAUUGCUGCUAGCAUUUGGACAGCUCUGCGCUUACGGAGGUCCCCUAUGGCCCUAGGCGCUAUACGGGUUUGAAGUUGGUGAUCUUGUCGAGAUGAAUGUCCAGAGGUGCAGUUCUUUUUCAUGAUCUGCGGGCCGUGCUUUGUGAAGGAGGAUUCAUGUUUACGUGCGUAGGAAGAUUUGCGUGUGUCCCGGAGCUUCACAAACUGAUCGUAGCCGGAGCGGUUGCGGGUCACUUUGUGCGGCGGGUUUCUGCGGUGAAAAACAUACCAUGAUCCACAACCUGGGCAGUCUGAGCUACGUCUGUGUUGACCUCCGAGAGCUUCCGGUAUUUCCAAUUACAGUUUACUUUUGCUGGUCAGUCAACAAGCUCGGCAAUUUAUUGUUACCCUGGUGUGCCAGCGCGUAGGAUGUUUGUGUGAGUGGCGAUGACCGAGGUUGCUGCAUUGUUGCAGAGGAAGCAUUGUGUCGCAUUGGGUCGACCAACACAAACGCGCCCUCGACGAUUUUUUCAGCGGCGCUGCAAUAUGCGCUUACGUUUCCAACCUAAGCGGGGGUUUGUACGGGUCUAAGAUGACUUUGAAUAAUGCGUGGUGAUAUGUGCGUUAGCGCGAGCCGGCACCACUGGCUUGUGCAACGCGGCGCGGGAGGUUGGUGAGUGAGAGUGUGCCUCAAGCUCAACCCCGAAAUCACCCUGACCUUGUUGCCGACGUGUGCACAUGGUGAUACAACCUUAGAUGUGGGUAGUGCUGUGCCUGCUUUUCUUCAAGCUAGCACUGCUGAAGCGUGAACGGGAGCCCGAUGGCGUGAGUUUGCAGUUAAUAUCAAACGCAGGCUGUGCAGGAUGACAAGGCUGCAAUGCUACGACAUAAAUUGGCGGCCUGCGCAAAAGCUUUUGGAUCGGCAUCGUUGUGACGAACGUGCGGGCAGAACCCCGCAGAGCAUUGUGGGGCCGCGGGUGAUGCGGUACGUUGGCGACUGCGGAUCUCAGGGGCACCCCUGGUGGAUCUGUACUUUGUAUGCAGACAUGUUGCAUGUACAUAUGUGAUAUGCGACAGGCUAAUUGCUGAAUCAGCGUUUUCGCGCUUGACGGGGCACCUGCGGCGGACGCACAUGCUCUCUGCCAGCCCCGCCGGGUCACUGUAAAUCAACCCCCUC